AUGAGCGAAAUCAGCGAUGCAAGGUCACGGCAGCCACGGCAACGCUCACGGAUUGCAUGCGAGCCAUGUCGCGAGCGUAAGCGGAAAUGCGAUGGGGAUCACCCGUGCGAGCUAUGUCGAAACUUUGGGUACGAGUGCUCAUACCGCUCGCAUCCACGCAAGCGAAGGCGCGAGAACGGGAGCACAUUACCCUCCCAGCCAUUCUCUUCAAGUCCGCAGGAAAAUAGUGGGACUACUCUAGACCAGACACCAGCCCCGACUUUGGCGCCAACACCAUUUGCGCAAUCACUCGAAAGCAACUCGGGAUCUGCCUUUGUGCGUACCUUCGCUAUCACUGUUGAUCCGAGCAAUGCCCCACCGUCCCAGAUGUUGGGCUGGAACGUCUUCCUCGGCCAGCGUCAGGUCUCUACAAACAUGCCGUUGCGGAGCGUCACAGAUAUCGUGACGCAGUCGGACAUGCAAGAUCUCGUUGCUGUCUACUUUGACAAGAUCGACCCAUGCUACGGAUUCAUCGACCGAGAGCUAGUGGAUCAGACAGUACAACAGCUAUGGGUUCCCGGAAGCAAUCUCUCAAUUCCUGAAGCGGUGGUCUGUGGUAUUGCGGCCUUGGGCUGUGCUUUCUCGAAUCUACAAGACUUACAGACAGAAACGAGUCUUUUCAUUCUGGCAAAGCUCCUGCUUGAUUUGGCUGCUGAAGAUAUCACCUAUGAUACCGCCACCGCCUGGGUCCUCCGUACAGUCUACUUACGACUCACGGGAAGGCCCGAGGAGACCUGGAUGGCAAGUUGCAUAGCUCUACAUUUCAUAGACGCUGCAGGCUUGCAUUGUGAGAUCGGCACAGAUGCUACUUUCCGUCGUGCUGGCCGACCCUCCACACCAGAUAUGAAUCGGAGAAUUCUGGGCGUGGCUCGCCAUCUGAACGUCUGGCUGUCCUUCGAUCUUGGACGGACUCGUGUUACGUUACAAAACAUGUCUACCGUUCCUGCAUCCCCACGACCGAACGAUUAUACGACUGAGCUUCUUGGACUUCUGUUUUACACAGAGAAUCUGGACCCAACCAAGACCAUAAGCGGCCCAGAACUUAUAAAAGCCAUAUCAGAAGUGCUGGAUCGGGUCCAUACUAAGCCUCCCUCAAUCCUGGCUCAAUGUAAUUUGACGCUGUGCCUGUUCCGACGACUGUAUACGCUAAGGUGGCUUGUUCAAGAUGAUAUUCUGGAUAAGAUUGUGCAGCUCAUCGAGAAAGCAAUACAAGCAGUGCACACGUUGCUAGAAGCGGGAAGCCCUUGGCAUCACAUGGCGAACGUCCCAUUCCAGUCUGUUUGCACGCUCCUCGCCAUUGACACCACCAAAUCAUUUUCUUUGUUGGGACCCACGAUGUCAUGUCUCUCAACUGUGAGCGAUACCCACCAGACAAAAGCUACCCAGGACGCGUACAAUGCAGCCCGCGCACUCAUUUCAAUGCACCAAAAGCGCCGGGAAGCGAAUGUUGUGAGACAAUCGGAGAUGUUGAAACUCUACCCUAUCGGUGCUCCAACAGGGAAUGAUACACCUGGCCAAUUCUCCUUCGAUCAAGCUCAGAAUUUUGCUGAAGUCCCGUGGUUCAGCGAAUUCUUCACGGAUAUGGAGAUCGCAAAUUUCGUCAAUGGAACGGGUUGA